AUGGAUUUUGAAACUUCACGGUGUGCCACCCUACAGUACUGUCCCGACCCUUAUAUCCAGCGGUUUGUAGAAACCCCUGCUCAUUUCUCUUGGAAAGAAAGUUAUUAUCGAUCCACUAUGUCACAGAGCACACAGACAAGUGAAUUCCUCAGUCCAGAGGUUUUCCAGCAUAUCUGGGAUUUUCUGGAACAACCCAUAUGUUCGGUUCAGCCCAUUGACUUGAACUUUGUAGAUGAACCAUCAGAAAAUGGAGCAACAAACAAGAUUGAGAUUAGCAUGGACUGUAUUCGCAUGCAGGACUCGGACCUGAAUGACCCCAUGUGGCCACAGUACACGAACCUGGGGCUCCUGAACAGCAUGGACCAGCAGAUUCAGAAUGGUUCCUCAUCCACCAGCCCCUACAACACAGAUCACGCUCAGAACAGUGUCACGGCACCCUCGCCCUAUGCGCAGCCCAGCUCCACCUUCGACGCCCUCUCACCGUCACCUGCCAUCCCCUCCAACACUGACUACCCGGGACCGCACAGCUUCGAUGUGUCCUUCCAACAGUCCAGCACCGCCAAGUCAGCCACCUGGACGUAUUCCACUGAACUGAAGAAACUCUACUGCCAAAUUGCCAAGACAUGCCCCAUCCAGAUCAAGGUGAUGACCCCACCCCCUCAGGGUGCUGUCAUCCGUGCCAUGCCUGUCUACAAGAAAGCUGAGCAUGUCACCGAGGUGGUGAAAAGGUGCCCCAACCAUGAGCUGAGCCGGGAAUUCAAUGAGGGACAGAUUGCCCCUCCAAGUCAUUUGAUUCGAGUGGAAGGGAACAGCCAUGCCCAGUAUGUAGAAGACCCCAUCACAGGCAGACAGAGUGUGCUGGUACCUUAUGAGCCACCCCAGGUUGGCACUGAAUUCACUACAGUCUUAUACAAUUUCAUGUGUAACAGCAGUUGUGUUGGAGGGAUGAACCGCCGUCCAAUUUUAAUCAUUGUUACUCUGGAAACCAGAGAUGGGCAAGUCCUGGGCCGACGUUGCUUUGAGGCCCGGAUCUGUGCUUGCCCAGGGAGAGACAGGAAGGCUGAUGAAGACAGCAUCAGAAAGCAGCAGGUCUCGGACAGCACAAAGAACGGUGAUGGUACGAAGCGCCCUUUUCGUCAGAACACACAUGGCAUCCAGAUGACAUCCAUCAAGAAACGAAGAUCCCCUGAUGAUGAACUGUUAUACCUACCAGUGAGGGGCCGUGAGACAUAUGAAAUGCUGUUGAAAAUCAAGGAAUCCCUGGAACUCAUGCAGUACCUUCCCCAGCACACGAUUGAAACAUACAGGCAGCAGCAGCAGCAGCAGCACCAGCAUUUACUUCAAAAACAGACCUCAAUGCAGUCUCAGUCUUCAUAUGGUAACAGCUCCCCACCUCUGAACAAAAUGAACAGCAUGAACAAGCUGCCUUCUGUGAGCCAGCUUAUCAACCCUCAGCAGCGCAACGCCCUCACUCCCACCACCAUUCCAGAUGGCAUGGGAGCUAACCUUCCUAUGAUGGGCACCCACAUGCCAGUGGCUGGAGACAUGAAUGGACUCAGCCCCACCCAGACCCUCCCUCCCCCACUCUCCAUGCCAUCCACCUCCCACUGCACCCCCCCGCCUCCGUACCCCACAGAUUGCAGCCUUGUCAGUUUCUUAGCAAGGUUGGGCUGUUCAUCAUGUCUGGACUAUUUCACGACCCAGGGGCUGACCACCAUCUAUCAGAUUGAGCAUUACUCCAUGGAUGAUUUGGCAAGUCUAAAAAUUCCUGAGCAAUUCCGACAUGCAAUCUGGAAAGGCAUUCUGGACCACCGGCAGCUACACGACUUCUCCUCCCCUCCCCACCUCCUGCGGACCCCAAGUGGUACCUCUACAGUCAGUGUGGGCUCCAGUGAGACCCGGGGUGAGCGUGUUAUUGAUGCUGUGCGCUUCACUCUCCGCCAGACCAUCUCCUUCCCACCCCGCGAUGAGUGGAAUGACUUCAACUUUGACAUGGAUGCUCGUCGCAACAAGCAACAGCGUAUCAAAGAAGAGGGGGAGUGA